UCCCAGACGUCUCUCAGGCUGCGGCGCGCCCAUGGUGCUGCUCGGGAGAGCCAUGGCCAACUUCCGCUUGGCCCUAAUUCAGCUUCAGGUUUCUUCUAUCAAAUCAGAUAACCUCAUUCGAGCUUGUGGCCUCGUCAGGGAGGCAGCAAAGCAAGGAGCCAAAAUAGUUUCCCUGCCGGAAUGCUUUAAUUCUCCAUAUGGUACGACUUAUUUUCCUGAAUAUGCAGAGAAAAUUCCUGGUGAAUCCACACAGAAGCUUUCUGACGUAGCAAAGGAAUGCAGCAUAUAUCUCAUUGGAGGCUCCAUUCCUGAAGAGGAUGCUGGAAAACUCUAUAACACUUGUGCUGUGUUUGGGCCUGAUGGAACUUUACUGGUAAAGCACAGAAAGAUCCAUCUGUUUGACAUUGAUGUUCCUGGAAAAAUUACAUUUCAAGAAUCUAAAAUACUGAGUCCUGGUGAUAGUUUCUCCACAUUUAAUACUCCUUACUGCAGAGUGGGCCUAGGCAUCUGCUACGACAUUCGCUUUGCGGAACUUGCACAAGUCUACGCACAGAGAGACUGCCAGUUAUUGGUGUAUCCUGGAGCCUUUAAUAUGACCACUGGACCAGCUCACUGGGAGUUGCUUCAGCGAGGCCGUGCUGUUGAUAAUCAGGUAUACGUGGCCACGGUAUCUCCUGCCCGGGAUGACAAAGCUUCCUAUGUUGCCUGGGGACACAGCACCGUGGUGUCUCCUUGGGGGGAGGUCCUUGCCAAAGCUGGCACUGAAGAAACCAUCCUGUAUUCAGACAUAGACCUGAAGAAGUUGGCUGAAAUACGCCAACAAAUACCCAUUUAUAACCAGAAGCGCUCAGACCUCUAUGCAGUAGAAGCAAAAAAGCCCUAGGGUUUAAGUUUCCAACAUGUCAUGAAAUAGGAAGAUAAUGAUUCUACAACAUAAUCACCGCCUCCCUGUUAAAUUGUUUAAUG